AUAGUCAGAGCCAAGUUGAAUCAAAUGAGCAAGGAGAAUAAAAUUCUCACUGAGAUGGUCAGCAUCAUGCAGGCUAACUACACUGCUCUCUGUAGUCAGUUCUUUAAUCUGGUAACAGAAAUAUCUCCUUCCCAGAAGAGGAAGAACCGGACCCCGGAGAUUGACAGUUUUAACCAAAUUAAUGGCAAUCCAAGUGAAGAUUGCUCGUUCAAGAGAUUGAGGGAAGAUCCCAAACCAAAGAUCUCCAAAGUCUAUGUGCAAACUGAUCCAUCAGAUUUGAGCCUGGUGGUGAGGGAUGGGUAUCGAUGGAGAAAAUACGGGCAGAAGAUAACGAGAUACAAUCCAUCUCCAAGAGCCUAUUACAGGUGCUCAUUUGCACCUACAUGUCCUGUAAAGAAAAAGGUGCAGAGAGCUGCGGAAGAUCAAUCUAUUUUGGUAGCAACAUAUGAAGGUGAGCACGAGCAUGGCCAGUUCUCAGAAGGAGUUGGUUCGAUGCAGAGUGGAUCACUGCCAUACUUCGUUUCGAUCAGCUCUUCAUGCCCGACGAUCACACUCGAUCUCACGCAGGAGGGAUUUUGGCGAGAUGAUGGGAAGUUCAGCCGGCAGAAUGAAUCGACGUUGCCGGAGUUCCAGCCAGUUUUGGUCGAACAAAUUGCCUCGAUGUUGACAAAAGAUCCAAAUUUUAGAAAUGCACUCGCAGUUGCAAUAUCAGGGAGAAUGUCUCGCCAUCCCUCUGCUCAAAAUUAAACAGACGGUAGGAGUCUAUUCAGUUUUUCUAGGA